AGGCUCAUUGUCAGCUUUAGGAAGAGUCUGGGCUCAGAUUUACAACCUGAUAAAGUGAGAAAGGAGAGAGCGAGAGAAAGUGAAGAAGGGAUGGCCAGGGGAUGGCCAGGUAUAAAAGGCUGGAUGUGAUGCCAGUGAGGGGCACAACUGACUGAGAACGCCAGAUAAGCAGAAAGACAACCAGACAGACAGACAGACAGACAGACAGACAUGUGGUGUAAGCGUGUCCUCUCCUGCAUGGUGAUGCUGGUGGCGGCCGGACCUCUCUUCUCACACCCCGUCUCUCGCUCCAGUGAGACGUCUUACAACGGACAAGCUUCAGUCGGGGAAGAGCAGGUGGUGAGUCCGGGGGAGCUGGCCCUCUCGGAUCAAGCCUACACCUCCCACAAUGCUGCAGGCUUUGGGUUCCCCUCCUUGACAGAGAGAAAUGGGCUGAGAUCGGUGCUCGACCAAAACCAGGCAGCGAGAGAGGCCCUGCUGGACACGCCGCUCCGCACCCCGCUGGCUCGCUUCCUGGGAGGCCGGACCGACUACAGGAAGAGAACCACUACUGAGUGCUUUUGGAAGUACUGUGUCUGACACACCUGUCCUCUCGCUCACAACCUCCUGUUUUCUUUUCCGUGUGUUUCUGUGGGCCCAGGCCCAGGGCAGGUGUCCAGUGUAUGCUCAGCGACAUAAUCAGGCUGGAAUGAACGUAUUAAGAAUGAUUGAUUGAUGCACAUGUACAUUAA